GUCAGUCCUGUCACUUUGCUGUGUUGCUGUUUCACUCGGAACUGUCAGUGGGCACCGGCUUACUCAGAGCAUCAAAUACUCCGGAAAAGAGAGAUGGGAGACGGAAAGGGUUCGACGCUGGUGCACCUUCUGGUCGUCGUUCUCAGCUUGGUCGCUUUUGGGUUCGCCAUUGCCGCCGAGAGACGAAGAAGUGUGGGUGAAAUACACAAGGAUGAACAAACAAAUCAAACGUACUGUGUUUACAACUCAGAUGUUGCUACUGGUUAUGGAGUGGGUGGCUUCUUGUUUCUUCUCUCAGGGGAAUCCCUGCUUAUGGGUGUCACAAAGUGCAUGUGUUUUGGAAGACCGUUGGCCCCCGGUGGAAAUCGAGCCUGGAGCAUUAUAUAUUUUGUCUCUUCAUUGGUAACUUUUCUGAUUGCAGAAUCAUGCUUGAUUGCUGGGGCUACAAAAAACGCAUAUCACACCAAAUAUCGGGGAAUGAUUUAUGCUCAGAACUUCUCCUGUGACACAUUGCGGAAAGGUGUCUUUAUUGCUGGAGCAGUGUUUGUGGUUGCAACAAUGGUCCUCAACGUCUAUUACUAUGUGUACUUCACCAAGGCAACAGCCACUCAGGCAGCUCACAAAGCAAAGCGUACAAGCUCAAACAUCGGGAUGGCUGGGUAUGCAUAGAUACAAAAGUACUACAAGCUAGAUAGCUUCUUAAGCCAAGUUUUGCGACUUGAUUUAUGAAUUGGUUUAUCACAUGUAAUAUGAGUAUGGGAGGCCACUAUGAUUGCAGACUUUUUAAGUAUGUGAUUACAUUUACUACGUAAUUAGAUUACAUAAUUAUCUCGUGGUUUAUUACUUUAUAUAGAAGUGCCCAUCUCCAUAUU